AGCCUACCUCCGUCUGCUGUGAGUCGGUCGGUGGGAGCUAGUUCUGGAGUAAUCUGUCCGUUCUGGGUUCCCUGAUAAGAUCAAAUUUCUAGGCCUGCAAAGCUGAGGAGGACUGGCUGCUGAGCUGCGGCAACCACACCACAGCCCGUGACCACUGACGCCGGGACCACGCCCCGCCCACGACCUGCCUCCCUCUCCCUGGUACUGCUCCUACACUGAGAUCGCAGUUGACCCCUGCGCUGCCUCUCCUCUCCAGGCUUUCUCAGAGGCACCUUCUUCAUUCUCAGGGGAAGACAGCAUGGGAGCAGGUCCAUCCCAACCUGAAUGCAACAUCCACACCAACCCAACUACCGCAGCACCCUGUUCCUGCGGCUACCUCAAAAGAGAAGUUCAGUGGGCCUUAGCCUUUCUUGCUGGGAUUCUACUGGCAUCAGUGUUGAUGAUGAUUGUCUUCCUUAUCAUCAAGUGCUGCAGGAAAUGUCACUCAAGUCCCCAGGCUCUGGAUGAUCACUCAGGUUCUCUGGCCGAGUUUUCAUCCACCCCGGACAAGGCACUUACCUCUGCUGACACGGAUUUCAAAAUCUUGGAGGAAACGAGGGACCACUGCAGCGAAAACCAUCCAGCAAACGCAAACUCGGUCGUCUACGCUCAGAUCCGCGUGACAGGCUCACCCUGAGUUUCCAGGAAGGCUUGGGUCCUGUUCCUCUCGCACCAGCUCCGUCUCCACAUGUCACGUUCCCUUCUUCGGCAUCGGGACCACCGUCUGGGUGGAACUGCAGCUGGGGCUGUUUGGGUGCGGCCUGGCCAUCCCAGCCUGCAGUUCUGUGACCCGGAUCAGCCUUUUGCUUGGCCCGAGAAAAGAUUGCCGGCCUCCCCACUUGGACUGACAGCUCGUGAGCCCCCCGCCGAGGCCAAGCCUGCCUCCCUUCGCCCCUUCCAAAGUGCCCCGCACAGACUCCGUGCACCAAGAGUGUUCUCUCCGGGUCAUGGGUCAGCGUGGGGGGGGGGGCGGCCAAAUGGACAAUCUGGCAAGAAUUAAACCUUAAUUCUUAAAUAAACCUUUAUUCUUAAAUAAAACCAAACCUUCUGCAA